AUGGGGUUGGCGAGAGUGGCCGAGGCAAAGGCCAUUGCGAAGAACCCUUUAGCUUCGCGGCUUUGCUGCUACACGGCUGCUCGUCUGCGCGGCUGCACCUGUUCGGCUGCAGGGGGGUGGGGGAUAGAAGUGCCGCUGCGGGGCGAUGGGCGGCGGCCCGACGAGAAGCUGCGGGGCGACAGGCGGCGGCCCGAUGAGAAGCUGCGGAGCGACGGGCGGCAGCCCGACGAGAAGCUGCGGGGCGACGGGCGGCGGCCCGACGAGAAGCUGCGGGGCGGCGGGCGGCGGCCCGACGAGAAGCUGCAGGGCGACAGGCGGCGGCCCAACGAGGAGGGGAAAUAG